CGGAAAUAUUUCAGAAACAUGCCAAUCCGUCAAGAAUCUUACAUUUCAAAGCAAAUGUUUCAGCAACAUGUCGUUUUGAAAUAUUGCAAUUUAAAUAAACCGAAAUCUUGAUGAAACAUUCCAUGUUAGAAAUCUUGCAUUCAUUAUUUUUUACUUAAUUGAACUUUGGAAUGAAGGAAAAACAACAAUUAGUAUAUUGUAAUGUAAUAUUGUAAUGUACUCUAUGUAAGCUCAAGGAAUAUUUAACCACAAUUCAACAAUGACAUCCUCGGAGUACAUCGUUUACCAUCGCGAUCGCAUUUUGUUUUAAAUUCAGAUGAGAUGCCAUUUACAUGACACAACUAAGAUUAUAACACAUCGGUAACCUUCGAGCGAUCGGUUUUAACUGGUGCAAUUGCAGGAUCGGGGUAAAUCUUAUCGUGUAUUGAUAUUGCGUUUUUGUUGUGACCUUUUUUACCGGCCGGCGGUUAAUUACCUGCGUAAGAUUUUAGUGCUUUCAAUUACCAGAUUUCCAAACAUGGGAAGAAUUAAAUUAAAAAAUUAUAAUAACAUAUCCCUAAGACAUAGAAGACGAUUGCUAAACAAAAAUACAAAAUCUAACCUAGUCGUUGGGAAUAACUCGAAGAAUGAUUCAUUGGGGAAUCCCGAGGAGAAUCCAAUUUCUGUAAUUGUUAAUCGAUUCCAUUCUCAGUGUAGUCAAAAUACCCACAAUACGGUUUGUAAAACUGCAACGUUUGAUAGUAAUGUUACAAGUGCAGCAUCGCAUUCCAAUGAAAACUUGUGUGAAUAUGUAGAUGUUGGAGAUGAAUAUUGUUCUGGACCGAUUUUACACAACACUGAACAUAUUGCUUUUAAGAAUACAGAGACUGUUGUGAGUGUGGACCCCCCUCGAGAUACUCCACAUGUUCAUAAUGAUUCAUCAAUUCAACUACAAGAACAACUUGCAAAUUGGGCUCUAAUCUUCAAUGUUAAUUUAAAUGCAGUGUCAGCACUGUUACAUAUUAUAAACAAUUUCACAACUUAUUCGUUACCUAAAGACGCUCGAACUUUACUACAAACUCCUCGUCACACAAUUGUAAAAAGUAUGGGAAGGGGUCAAUAUCUACACUUGGGUUUAGAGAAUGCACUGAAAAAAAUGAUAAAUCAACAAGUUCAACAUAAUAAUGAAAUUGAUCUUUUAAUAAAUAUUGACGGACUACCUAUUUCUCGUUCUUCUACAGCAUGUUUAUGGCCAAUAUUGUGUUCUGACAACGUAACAAAACAAGUUUUUAUGGUCGGGUCAUACUACGGUCACGAAAAACCUACUGACGUCGCUUUGUAUCUCCAACAGUUUGUUGAUGAAGCUAUAUUACUUGUGCAGAAUGGGUAUUGUUUAAACAAUAAAAUAUAUAAGGUGAACAUAUCUGCACUCAUUUGUGAUGCUCCAGCGAAAUCUUUUGCUUUGUGUAUAAAAGGUCACACAGGUUAUAACAGCUGCAGUAAAUGCAAAAUAGAAGGACAAUAUAUCAACAAUCGUAUAUGUUUUCCAUUUGGAUCGGGUGGAAGCAAUAUAUUAAGGAAGAGCGAAGAUUUUUGGCAAGAUGGUGAUGAGGAGUUUCAAUAUGAUAAAAGUCCUUUCUUAAACAUACCCAAUUUUAAUCCAGUUUUAAAUGUCCCUUUGGAUUAUUUACACCUUAUAUGCUUGGGAGUUGUAAAAAAACUCAUUCUUUUGUGGAUGUCUGGAAAACCCCUUAAUAUCAGAAUCCCUGGAAUGACAAUAAAUAAAAUAUCUUCAGAUAUAUUGAAAUGCCAAAAGACUGUUCCAAGAGAAAUUGUGCGGAAACCUCGAUCGUUGUCAGACAUACAUCAUUGGAAAGGAACAGAGUUUCGCUCAUUUUUAUUGUAUGUUGGACCUGUUGUAUUAAAAAAAUAUUUAAGUGCUGAUAUGUACUUAAACUUUUUGACAUUACAUACUGCAAUUCGAAUAUUAUGUAAUCCUAACAUAUCUGAAGAUAAUAAUUAUAUUGUAUAUGCUGAGAAUCUGUUGAUACAUUUUGUGCAAUCUUUUGGAAUUAUUUAUGGAAAUGAUAAAAUUUCACACAAUGUCCAUAAUUUAAUUCAUAUUGCAGAUGACGCUAAAAAGUUUGGAUCUCUAGACAAUUUUAGCGCUUUUAGGUUAUACUGAAC